AUGUACAAAGAUAUACCUGAAGCAAGGGGAACUCCCAUCCCUGUUAAAACCCCAAUUAAUUUCAAAGCUAGGAAACAAAGCUUAGAGAACUCCAAUAGAUCUGCCAUGAAAAAGCUAAUAAUCGCUUCAUGUGUCUCGUUUGUAUUCAUAGUGGUGCAAGUGAUCGGAGGUUAUUUGGCAAACUCCAUUGCCAUCUUUACAGACUCAGCUCAUUUGGCAUCAGACAUCAUUGGUUUCGCCAUUUCAAUCAUUUCAUUGAAAAUAGCUCAAAGACCAGCUACCAAGUCACUCUCUUAUGGUUAUCAUAGAUCAGAAGUUAUUGGAACUUUGGUCAGUGUAAUUUUUAUUUGGGGACUUACAAUAUGGCUAGUAUAUGAGGCCACCUUAAGAAUUCUAGAUACCGAAGCAGAAGUUAUAGGCCACAUUAUGCUAUUUGUAGCUGUUCUUGGACUUUGUUUCAACCUGAUCUAAAUGAAAAUCCUUCACUCUGGUGAUGGUCAUUAUCAUUUAGGAGGAGAUAUGAAUGAUAGCCAUGAUCACAGUCAUGGACAUGGACAUCACCAUGACAAUGGCCCUAAAAAAUCUGGCCAUAGUAAAGUCAAGGGAGAAGAAAGCAAGAAUUUAAAGGAAGGGCUGAUAGUUGAUAACGAAAACUAAGCUACCAGAGAUGCAGAACAUCAUGGUCAUCACCAUCAUGAAGAAGAAACAACUAACAUCAAUAUUACUAGUGCUUACUUACAUGUUCUUGGAGAUAUGUUGAUGAGUGUUGGAGUUGUUAUAGCUUCAAUCAUUAUUUACAUUGAACCAUCAUGGAAAAUUGCUGAUCCUCUUUGUACUUAUCUCUUUUCAGUUAUUAUAUGCUUUACAACCAUCCCAGUCUUUAAGGAGUGCAUUAACGUGUUACUCGAGGCAACUCCAACAAGCAUAGAUGUUGAAUAACUAGAAUAAGAUAUUCUAGAUUGCCAAGGAGUAGAGGAAGUCCACGAUUUCCAUGUUUGGGCUAUCUCAGUUAGUAAAUACUCAAUGAGUGUUCAUAUCAAAUCAGACACUCCACUAAAGUCAUUGAGUCAGGUUACAGAUUUGUGCAGAAGAUAAUACAAGCUUUUCCAUACAACAAUCUAAGUAGAAUCAAGUGGAGAUAAUAAGCAUCAAUUCAUAUGUGAGAAUGAUCUUCACGAUUGA